CAUGAAUUCAAUCAAUCCAUCCAGUACGUUACCAACCUUAACCUCCCUUUUAUACCUACCCAUUCCAUUUACCCAGCAUUCGCUCAUUGUUGGGCACGUACCAGACUUUUCCUUUCUACUGGCCAAUUUCUGGUCUCGAUUCACCUGUCAUUCGUCGGCAGACAUCCCCGCGUUUCGGUACUCAGGAUCCGACAACGACUCUUCGAGAUCCUGACAUGACUUGCGAUGCCGGACUGCACGGUCGACCCGAGGCUCACCAUUCUCUGUCUACGACGACGAUGGCCCCUGAAGAAACGCUCGAGUGGAAUUGGGACGUGGAACACGCAGACCGGCGAAAAGAGAAACAGGCGGACGCUGCUCUCCAUGGUGCACUGCCAUUUCUCGUUGAUAGAUCCGUUCUCAAAGACGUCGUCCGCGAAAUGUUUGCCACUAACCCCGCUCGUAUCUCGUUUCUCAGCGCAGGAACUUUCCAUAAGGCUUAUCUCGUUACCCUCGUUGAUGGGAGGCAAGUCGUCGCCAGGGUAGCCCGCAGAUUCAUGCCCCGACUGAAGACAGAGUCGGAAGUCGCGACUAUGCAAUACUUGCGGCAAAACACGAACAUCCCAGUCCCGUUCGUUUAUCACUAUGACUCGAAUCCGUAUAACCGGCUCGGAGGAGAGUACAUUCUGAUGUCUAAGGCACCGGGAAGACCCCUCGCGGAAGUUUACCAUUCACUGGGCUAUAAUGAUCUCGUCAAACUUCUUAGGAAUAUCGCGAAGAUGGUGUUACCGCUGUUCGCUCACCGCUUUUCCCAAUUAGGAUCUCUCUAUCUCGGCCCGAGCCCUCCUUCAACUCCAUCUUUUUCGAAUGCUGCGACGCCGAAGGCGGUACAGACCUUUUACUCCGCUUUUCCGUUCUCACCAACACUAGCGAUGUCCAAUAUCGCAUCCCCCACUACCGCCACCCCCAAGUCUCAUACCAAGAAAGAGUACCAUGUCGGUCCCAUCAUUUCAUGGCCAUUCUUCGGAUCUCACCGAGGUAAUUUGGCCCAUCCUGACGAAAUUAAUCGUGGUCCUUGGACGACAAGCCAAUCCUAUUUUGAGUCUUGCGCAGAGAGGGAAGUAAAUGGUGUCAGACGCGAAAACGAGGGCAAGUCAGCGCCACACAGACUCCAUCUUGACCCCGACGAGAUCAUGUCGUCACGCCACCAUCAACUACAGGCUGUACCGGGAGACCAGAGUGACGACAGUGACGAGUGGGAUUUGGAGGAAAGCGAGGCAGAGUGGGACGGACCUGGCGACGCGAUGUAUCGCGAUUAUCGGAGGAUGCAAAGAAGUACAUUCUUGAUCGCCCAUCUCGAACAGCGGGUCGAACGUGUUCGGGCAGAGACCAAUAGGUGGCUGAACCUGAUGGAGAAGAUAGCCAAUAAGGUGAAGAAGGAAGGGUCUUCUCCGGAAGCGGAGAUGUUUGGACUCGAUUGCCAUGAUCUGAGUCUGGAGAACGUGUUUGUGGAUACUGCAGACCCGACAAAGAUUACGUGUAUAAUUGAUUGGGAGUCAACUACGACUCGACCACUCUGGGCUUGCGCGCAUCUUCCGGCUUUCCUUCAAGCCAGUCCUUUCACGGCCAAGCUUUUUCGCGACAUUGUUGUGGAAAUAGCUUCCAAGAGCAAGGACCAAAACGCGUCUCUUGCAAAAGACUGGCUGUACUAUGAAGCCGCUGGCACACGUUUACGUAUGGCUCACCGUUUUGUCGAAUGGGAUGGAUGGGAAGAGGGUCUAGUUGACAGCAUUUUAGGCCCUGAAGAAUCCGAGGAGGAUUGGUUAAAUGAUCCUGUAGUUGUCCCCGUUCCUGAGUCUCAUAGUGCUGGCGCUGCAGGGAGGAGAAAACCUUCGUCAAAGUUACCGCUGCCUUUAGAGAAGGAGCUGGAGAAAGAACAAAUGCUUAAUACGACGGGGGACAUAUGUGGCGGCCGAGGUGGUGAGCUCGGAAGGAGACUCGAGGCUUGGCUUACAGUGACCCAGCAGACACAAACCGCCCGGUUCUUGUGGGAACAUUCGGAGGAAGACCAUCAUGACGAGUUACCAGUUAACAUGGACGGGUUAGUGAUUUGAUUGGGGACUCUGUAGCGACUAAUGAUAGGGAUUCGGAUUCGUUCACGUUCACUUUCAUAUAUUGCAAGCUUUGUAUAAUGAAUGUAGUGCCUACUGUCAAGAAUCUUGUACAUACUAGAGAGAUAUAAUUACAGGUCGCGUCAGUUACAUUGAAUGU